AUGGCUGGUGUCUCAAAUGGCGCGUCCUCGACAGAGGCAGCACCUCCCCAGCUUCAAGAUCCUGGGUCAUACCCUCUGGCUGCACAAAUCCCUCUGAAGGGAUUCGAAUUGCCAGACUUCCCUCCCCAUGCUUCCCACCUGCGAGAACUCACAUUCACCGCCGACAUCAAGCUGGACGAGUACCAAAACAUGGUGCAGACCCACAGCGACGCCAUCGUUACUCAACCGCCCUUGCCAGACCUGCCCAAGUCCAUCACUCAUCUCACCUUUGAACUGUUCGGUCUUGGCUUUCCCGGAACGCCGCCCUUCCUCACUAGACUGGCACGAUCAUUGCCAAACGUCAGAAGCGUGACGUUCUUCAGCUGCUUGAUCGAUGGCCUCGAUGAAGCGUCCCGGAAGGAUGCGGAAAAGUUCUUCGAGUGCCUGCCGAAUCUACAAGAACUGCACGUCAUCGAUUCCUUCGCCAGACCCGGAUUUUUCAAGACCGUAGGUGGGAUUCUGGAAUCACAUGCCAAGGGCGGCGCUGGUGGCGAAGGGUUGAAGCUCGUCGACGUCAGCUUCACCUUCCGCGGACACGAGGAUAGCGACUUCCUGGCAAGAGUCCAAGGCGAGGACUUGCCGAACCUGAUUGUCAAGGGUCUGGUCGGUGCCAGCUUCGACUUUGUCCCGGAGCGGCAGGAUGAGCUCGCUGAGGCUGCUGAAGGAGAAGACGGAGAGAAGAAGGAUAACCAGAAAAUCAACGAAGGGAUUUUGCCGUUUGCGAGCGACGGACGAGCACCUACCGCGGUCAGGAAAAGGUUUGAAAGUAUGAGUCACGGGGCACAGUUGACGAGCUUGAAGAUCCUGAACCUGGGCAUGUAUUCCCUUCGACCCGCCGAGGUGGGUGAGGUGGUCUAUGCUUGUGCCGGAGGGCAGGAAUCGGCCGGUCUGGUCGACAUUACCGUCAGCGUUCUUCUCGAAGAAGGCUGGGCCGCCAAGUUGGCAGAAGGCCUGCAGUAUAAAGGAGUGUCUUCGGUCUUGGAGGGAAUCGAAGUGGUCGGAGUCCCCGACAAGGCCGUGGAGGAAGGCGACGAUUGGAAAUCCGGGUUGAGCGUCGCCAAGUUGGCGGAUGUCGAGAAGAUUGCGGCCGGGUGUCCGAAGCUGGGGAAGUUCGGGAUGAGUAUCCUCAAGGUCAAGAGUGCGCCGAACGUGGUGUUCUUGAAGGAAGGGGACUCCUGGGUUGAACGGUGA